AUGUUCCACAAGACCCCGAAGCCCUGGGUGUCUGGAGGCAGCGAGAUCGAGGUAGCUGAAAACGUCGUGCGAAGACAGAGGCCGCUAUUCGAAGUUGAGAUAUCGGUGCCUUCCAUGCUCCUCGGGAACAACCGAGAGCUGACGGACCGGAAGUCGAUCGACGCGGAAGACACGGGCAUGGAGAUCGUUCCGAAACACGAGAGGUUCGAGCUGGUUCCAAUGUCGCGGCUGACCACCGCGGUACAGACCAACCUGCCGGGCCGGGAGACUGGGGUCCAGACGCAUUACGGAUUCCCUAAGAACGCCUGGACUCAGUACGGCUUUGAGUACCCCGCCUCGGAGGCAUCGGCCUCGGAAGUUCCUGGUGAGAUUGAAGAGGAAGUGGACCAGGACGCUGAAAAGGAAGGCGGCUCGGGUGCUCAGUCUGAUCAGGAACGUCUUGCCGACGACGAGGAGCACGCCGAAAAACCGGAAGGCGAUGUCGAGCAGCCCGUGGAGGACGAGGCACCGGAUCCCGUUGACCUGUUUCUGGACCAGUAUGCGGACAAGAUGAUCGACGUGAUAGACUACAAUGCGGCGAUGAACCUCCACGUUCACGACAUCGACGAGCUCGUGCUGAAGGGCAAGGAGUCCAGACCCAGGGAGCAGGUAGUCUUCGAGGAGUUCAAGUCCUUCAUUGACCUCGGUCUCAUCGCCGGGAAAGUGGUGUCCGAUCUUUCCUGGCAUCCAACUUUGUCCGGGGUUGCAGUUGUCUGCUACACCGAGGUACCAAAGUGCGACCUUGUCCAGGGUCCGUCGGUCAUCAGGAACGCGAAAUCGUCCUUGGACCGUAACGAGUCCGUCGUCCUGGUCUGGUCCUUCAACGAUUCGAUGGCACCACGGCUGCGGUUGGAGCACGAUCGACCCGUCAGCACUGUGUCGUUCUGCCCAUUCAGAUCGGACGUUCUAGUAGCAGGGUGCGAAACCGGCCACAUCGCCGUAUGGGACUUUAAUGGUAAACUGACCAAAUGCAGUGUUGACAACUGCUGUGCGAAAGAACCGGAAGUCGGGCUGCCGAAUGGAACCAGCAGCCGUCAAACCGUUCCCGCGAUAAGCUUGUCCGCAGUUUCUAACGACCUGCAAUCCCACCAUGGCGCCGUCAGAAACAUACAGUGGAUUCCGCCUUAUCAUCGCGUCGAGACUGACGGCCGACUGACCAGUCUAUCUGAUAACAAAACUGUCCAAUUCCUCACCGCCAGCGAAGACGGCUGCAUCGCGGUUUGGGACCUCUUGUGGGAACCUCGAGCUACGACAUCCUCGUCCCUCACUGAACGCGGGGGUUUUAAGCCACCGAAAAUUCUCUGCGAGGAGUUUUCCACUGGAACAUCGGAGUUCAAGAAGAUCAACGGACUCCUCAAGCCGAUUUAUUCCGUCUACAUGCAAGUACCGAAAGAGGUUCGAAACCUGCCGGUUAUCAGCCUUUUCAUUCAACCUCCACUGACCACCUACGAAGAAGUUCAUUCCGUGCACCGACCCUGCAGUGGGAUUUUCGAGUCGGAAGACGAUGAAGAGAGUUACUUCUCUACACGAACAUUUGAGCCAACAUUUUCCAGGGCCGAAAACGAGUGUCAGAAACAAUUUUGGGCCGGUUCUCCUGAGGGUGAUUUUCUAAGCUGCGCUUGGGAAGGUCACGAGUUCACGGAGGUCGCCUCCUCCGAAAAUUGCCAGUACCUCGAGUGGUCCCGGGUUCACGACGGUCCGAUCACCUGGAUUAGCCAGUCACCACAUUUAUCGGAAGCCCUGCUCACCGUGGGGGGUCGCGUAUUCGCCGUGUGGAAUCGGGACUUUCUUCAGUCUCCUCUGCUCCUGAGAAAAUCCCGGGAAGGAUACACAGCCUGCUGCUGGACCAGUAGACCGGGUGUUUUUCUCGUCGCCAGGAACAGCGGCGACGUCGAGACCUGGGACCUCUGCUCAAACACCCGCGAGUGUCUGGCCGUCCAGUGUAUUUCUGGGAAACGGAUCACCGGCUUGUAUCCCCACGUGAUACCGCUGGAGCCGAAUUUCGUCGGGGUCUGCGACCACAAUGGAGCCCUUCGAAUCUUCAAGGAACCGUCAUUUUUCAGCGAGGAUAAAUCAAGGAGAAUCGAAUGGCUCGCGGAAUUCGUCGCGAGGGAAGUGACGAGGAAGCGGGAGUUCACCGCUUGGGAAUCGAACUUUUUAAAGACCGAUCCGCACCGGUUGCAGAGAAAGGCGUCUAGGGCGGCAGACGAGGCGAAACGACGACACGAAGAGGCGAGGGCUAAAUUUCAGAAGGAACAAGAGGAGUUGGCUAGACUCGAGGAAGAGAGAAGGGCUAGACUGAUUCCGAAAAGCAAAGCGGAAAAGUGGAGAGAGUCGGAUCUCGAGAGAAUGCGGUCUAUCCUGCUGGCCAAGAAGGGAUUUGAUCCUCGGGAGCUGGAAGCCACGAGAAAGCCGCUUGUUCAGCAGGAAGAGGAAAGGUCGAGGAAGCUGAAAAUGGCCGAGGAAGAGGUUAAACAGAGUGAAACCUACUACAGAGACGCAGUUUCUCUGAACCUUCCAAAAUUACCAGGGAAAAAGUCACCGGAUGAUUUCGAACCUCUUGUCUCUUUGCCCGAGGAAAUAUCCAUCGAGGAAAAAAGAACCCAGGGUAGGCUUCGGUAUGAAAUGAUUCGCGCUCAAGCCCAGAAGAAAAUAAGGGAAAAUCUGGAACCUCGGGAGUUUGAUCCGAGGAUUAUGACCAGCGAUGCUCGACGUAGGCGCAGAGAACUUGAUCUCGACUAUUUGAAAAGAAGCAAAAAGGAGGAACGACUGAGGAAAAUUAAAACUGACGCCAUUGGAUGA